UGCCGGGAACAUUCUGGAUAGUCGCGAUAACUCCUAUAAAACCCUGAACUCACUGAAUUUCCCCAGUGCUUGAGCUUUCUUCCUCAAUCCAACUUUACCAUCUUCAGCUUUUGUAGGGUUCAGCGAUGGCCGACGGCUUAUUCGGCUCCCCUUUCAGGCGCUUCUUCUGGAGCCCUCCGAUUUUCCGAGAAUGGUCAGGAUCAACGGCUCUCAUGGAUUGGCUUGAAUCUCCGUCUGCCCAUGUCUUGAAAAUUAACGUGCCAGGGUUCACCAAAGAUGACAUAAAGGUGGAAAUUGAGGAUGGGAAUAUUUUGCAUAUCAAAAGUGAAGGUGGGAAAGAGGACCAUCAAGCGAAAGACUCUGUUUGGCAUGUGGCUGAGAGGGGGACAGGUAAGGGUGAGUUUUCUCGCGCAAUUGAAUUGCCAGAAAAUGUCAAGGUUGAUCAGAUUAAGGCACAGGUGGAAAAUGGAGUUCUCACUGUAAUAGUUCCUAAAGAUGCUCCAAAGUCGCCUAAAGUGCGAACCGUUAAUGUCACCAGCAAGCUUUGAACAAUGGAGUUAAUAGUGAGGGGGCAUAUUGUAAUCAGUUUUUAGAUAAUCAAAAUCUUAUCAUGUAAGCAAUUGCAUGUUGUAAUUAAAAACGAAGGGAUGAUCACCAAUAAAGAUUAGUCUUUAAAAUAGCACUUUGUCU